AAUUCACGAGUUUUUAUACGCGCCUUCGCGUUACGUUCGAGCCGAAGCUUCGUCGGAUGUUUUUUCUCGGUGACUUUUGCCUGAAUUAGCCUGUCGCCUGUUAGCGCUCGCUCACUUUGAAGUGAUUUUCAGUUGGGUUCUGAUUUGACUCUGUAUAAGUGUGGGGAAUCGCUUUUAUCACCUGUUUCUGCUUCUGGAAUGGAUUCUCAGAUUAAGCAUGCUGUUGUUGUCAAAGUCAUGGGUCGAACUGGGUCGAGAGGGCAGGUAACUCAGGUGAGAGUCAAGUUCUUGGACGACAUGAACCGGUUCAUCAUGAGGAAUGUGAAGGGACCAGUGAGGGAAGGAGAUGUCCUCACCCUUCUGGAGUCCGAGAGAGAAGCAAGGAGGCUUCGUUGAGCAAUCGUUCCCUGAAUUUUGGGAUGACUAUAGCGGGGUUUUCUGCUACUGGUUGAUCAAAUGUGAGUGUGUUGAACUUUAUUUUCAGUUCACAUUUUGGUUACUUUGUGUCAAAGAUUCGGACUCCGAUAUGAAUGAAUUGUAGGAAGUAUCUUACCUUUUAUGA